AUGCUCUGGGCUCCGGUCCCGCGCCACCGAUCUGAGGCAGUGGUGGCCAUGCCGGGGCGGUGCAGCGGCGCCUCGCGGUCCUCACUGCGCACUCCCCGGAGCUCGGGCUGGCAGGUCAGCUCUGCGGACCCUUUCCCCAACAUCCCCAUGGAGGACCCCAUCCUCCAGUUGCCGGUUGCUCGAGGCAAGCGGGUUAUCUUAUCAAGUGCGAGGUCCCGGAGGUGGGCUCAGGUGGGCGAGAGGCCUCGCGGGGGCCAGCAUCGCUCCGGGGAUCCCGACAGGGCCCCUCCAGCGGGCCGCAACCCGCCCCCGCCCCGGCUUCUCCGGAACGCCCAGCCGGCGUGGGUCUCCCUAGCCGCGUCUCCCUGCCGCGAUCCCAGCCGUUCUUGGCGGUGGAGCGCACACAGAAGCGGGGGACCCAGCAAACUGGCCAUCGCGUGGGGCCGGCCGUCCGCAACCUCCGCCGGGUGGGGACCAGCGGGCGGCGCCCAGGGAGAGCCCGGGGCCCUCCGCGGCGCGCUCAUGGCCGUGGGCUUGGGCUUGAAGGAGGCGGCGGUACAGGAACUGGGCAUGAUCUCCUGCGUCUCCCGGUCUUCUUUCCCUUCCAGCUCGCGCCCUCUUCGCUUCUAUCCUGGUGGUCUGGGGCCCGCAGGAUCAGCGUUGCGAGGAAGCUCGUUAGAAGUCUCAGGCGCUUCCGGAGCAGUUGAAACAGGUGUCCUGGAACCCGCUGACCAUUUCCUCUGUGCUGCUGGCCGAGGGAGGGGCUUCCCCAGCAGCACCGCCCCCGCCCCGGAGCACCGCCCCCCACUCCAGCGGCACCGCCCCCGCCCCGGGGCACCCCCCCCUGCCCCGGAGCACCGCCCUCCACUCCAGCAGCACCGCCCCCGCCCCGGAGCACCGCCCCCGCCCCAGGAGGACGCGUGUCCUUGA